UGCCAGCCUGCGCUGACACCCGCCAUAUGCAUCAUGGCGGAUGAUGAUACGGGCACGUCUUCCCGUUCCCGAGCCCGCACCCGGCUCCCCCUCGCCCUUGACUGACACCACACCACAAACCUGGAGGAGACUAGUAUUAAACUCCCUCCGUUUCGUCUCCAUCGUCGCUGAGUGAGCUCCCUCCCGGCGCCGCUGUCCUCUGUCCUCAGCAGCGCUGCUCGGUUCCGUUGCGAGCUACGCCUCGUACGUGUUUGAGGGAGAUGAUGCUGAGCGGGCACGGCGGCGGCGGGAGGCGGCUGUUCACGGCGUCGCAGUGGCAGGAGCUGGAGCACCAGGCGCUCAUCUACAAGUACAUGGCGUCCGGCGCGCCCGUGCCGCACGACCUCGUCCUGCCGCUCCGCCUCGCCACGGGCGUCGACACGGCGCCGUCCCUCGCCUUCCCGCCCCAGACCUCGCCUACCCUGGGGUACUGGGGCUGCUACGGCGCCGGGGCGCCGUUCGGGCGGAAGGCGGAGGACCCGGAGCCCGGGCGGUGCCGGCGGACGGACGGCAAGAAGUGGCGCUGCUCCAGGGAGGCCCACGGCGAGUCCAAGUACUGCGAGAAGCACAUCCACCGCGGCAAGAGCCGUUCAAGAAAGCCUGUGGAAGCAGUCGCCUCCUCCGCCGCUACCUCCCCCGCCGCCGGCGCCUACCGCCCCUCCGCGCUCUCCAUCUCGCCGCCCCGCGCGCCCGACGCCGCGCCAACCACCUUCGGCCACCAGCAGCAGCAUCAUCUUCAUUACGGCGCCUCCUCCGGCCGCGCCCCCGCCGGCCCUCUCCAGCUCCACCUCGACGCCGCCAGCCUCCACGCGGCGUCGCCGCCGCCGUCCUACCACAGGUACUCCCACGCCCACGCGCACGCCCACUACGCGACGCCUCCGUCACUCUUCCCGGGCAGCUACAGCCAUGGGCAGUCCAAGGAGCUCCAGGACGCGGAGCUCAGGCGGCGGCACUACCUUGCGCUCGGCGCCGACCUGAGCCUCGACAAGCCGCCGGCCGCCGCCGCCGCCACGGAGGAGAAACCGCUGCGGCGCUUCUUCGACGAGUGGCCGCGGGAGGGCGGCGACGCGAGGCCGUGGGCGAUGGGGGCGGAGGACGCGACGCAGCUCUCCAUCUCCAUCCCCGCGGCCUCCCCCUCGGACCUCGCCGCCGCCGCCGCCGCUCGAUACCACAACGGGGAGUGAUCGGUGCCUUUCGAAGCUGCAAUCCUGCCCCAACAACGGCGAGGAGUGAUCGCUUGAUCGGUGCAUUUCGUAGCAUGGAGGGCAUGCUGUGCAGCAUGGUCUGAAUCUGAAGUCUGAACCAAGUCGAGUAGUAGACUAGUGGUACUAGGAAUCUAGCUAGCCCUAUGUUUUGAUCUUCCUUGUUCUUUCACGUGUUUAGUUGUUUGUAUUUGUAUUCUUGUAGUGUCAAAUGCUAGUGCUUGUUGUAUGUGUAACGUUUUCGUUAAGGACCAAAGCAAUCUGAGACUGAGAGAGCUGAGGUGACGUGGGAGAGGCUGCUCCUAUUUCUAAA